AUGUAUUCUGGAAAGCGCCAAAAUUGUAAUCUUGAUCAAGAUAUGCAACACAGUCAGAGGUUACUGCGCCAGAAGAAAAUGGGCAAGCUGCCAAACAUUCUGUAUCCUGUUGCUAUCAAGCGCAAAGAAUGUCCAGCAAAAAGGAAACAACUGUUUCAACAACGCAAACUUACAUUUGAAAAAUUGCGUCCGUCUGUGCAAGAUCAAUUCAGACUCUCAUGGGUUUUAUCUGAAGAAACGGCCAAAAACUGUGUUCAGACGGAUUGCAUAGCAUCAAUUAACGACGUUAAAGAAAUAAUUGAUCCAAAAUACAAGAUGACCGUGCUAAUAUGUCCAGUCCACCUUGAAACAAAAUUUUUCCAAUGA